AUGUUACAGCUCUUCUUCACGAUUGCGUUCUCGGCGGCGCCGUUAACUCUGUAUAUACCGCCGAUCAGAUGUUUGACGGUGUUUGUUGAAACGAUGGAGGAGAUGGGAAUUGAAGGUAGGGUUUACAGCCGGAGAAUCUUUCCUCGAGCCAGAAUUGCUUGGUCUAGGCUUCUCGAUUGCUUCUUCUCCUCUUCUCGUCGUCUCUCUUAA